AUGAAGGCCUUCUCAACUCUAAUUUUCUUUGUGGUCGCAAUCACCCAGAUCUUUGCCGCACCAACAGCCGAUGCCAAAAACCUCUUGUCAGAAUCAAGUCUCAGAGCAGAAUACCACACGUCGUGGUUAGAAGACCCGACCCAACCAUGGCUUCGAAAGAGAGCGAGAGGACAAGGAGACCCUUGCGAUCCUGGCAGAGUCGAACGUUUGACAGGCCUUGGAUGUUACGGGUGUAGUGGACACUCGCCAGUGUGUCAGCGUGGGCCUGGGUCAAAUUUAUGUUUUCAUCGAGAUAACCAAGCUUCGGUGGCCAUAUGCGACAGAACACAAGGAUAA